AAGUAACAGGUGAACAAGUUUGAGAAACUUAUCAGCAUAUCAUCGAUCAACCAUCAACUACAAUAAAUUCUUUUGGGUUUCAGAGAUCUCCAUGGAUAAGAAAUCUCAAGUAGAACAAAUUUCUCUAUUAAGAAGUAUCAUGAAAAAUAAUACUAAUAGUAUAGUGAAUCAACCAUACAUCAUGUGAUUUGAAUGGGUCUUCUUUCCUGAAAUGCCUCUAGUGUGUGUCUCCUACAGCAGGAGUUGGUUCCCCUCACAGUUAGUUCCUUUACGCUCAUAAUGAAGUUAUACAAAUUGAUAGUUCAUCAAAAAGCAUUCAGCGAUGCUGAUUUGAUAAUCAACCCGAAAGAAUUCCCGCAUUUGAAAAUAGGAGACAUAGUUGAAAUUUAUCAUCCAGAUGAUGACUUCAGUCGAUUACUUUUACAAAUCACUUCCUUCAAGGAAGAUUUGCAAGGCAGAGAAACUAUCAGUGUUGAACAAAGUAUAGCCUCAACUUUUCAGCUAAGGGUAUACAAUGAUGUUUACUUGAACAAAGUUAUCCCAGAAACUGUAGCGCUGGACUCCGUUGAAGUCACAUUUAAAGAUCAGUAUCUUGGUAGAAGUGAGAUGUGGAGGCUUCGGAAUAGUUUAGUCAAUACAUGUGUGUAUUUGAAUAAAAAAAUCGAAUAUUGUGGAGGUAGUAUCCGAUGUCAAGUGUAUGAGAUGUGGGCAGCUGGAGAGAGAGUAGCUUGCGGUGUCAUCUCAGAAGAUACUAAGGUUGUUUUUAGGUCGUCAACAAGCAUGGUAUAUUUGUUCCUACAAAUGAGCUCAGAAAUGUGGGAUUUUGAUGUCCACGGUGAUCUCUACUUUGAAAAAGCUGUGAACGGUUUCCUCUCUGAUCUCUUCAAGAAGUGGAAGACACAAAAGAGCAAUCAUGAGGUCACUAUUGUUUUAUUCUCAAGAACAUUCUACAAAGCUGAAUCAAUUCAUGAAUUUCCUGAUCAUAUGCGAGAGUGUCUCCAACAAGACUACAAAGGUCGAUACUAUGAGGAUUUUUAUAGGGUCGCAGUGCAAAAUGAGAGGUAUGAUGAUUGGACGCCUAUUUUAGCCUUACUGAGGCAACUCUUCACUAACUACCAAAAAAUGGUUCUGGAGUACCAUAACCGAGCGGGUAUAGACUAUCCCCCAGCUGUCAACUCCACUGCUGCCCAAGGCAACUUCCUAGAAGUUCUCAACAUGUCUUUGAAUGUGUUUGAAAAACACUAUCUCGAUAGGAGUCUUGAUCGAACGGGUCAGCUGUCAGUUGUUUUAACCCCAGGCGUGGGCGUAUUUGAAGUUGACCGAGCCCUUACAAGUGUGACCAAACAGCGGGUGAUAGACAAUGGUGUCGGCAGUGACCUAGUAUGUGUAGGAGAGCAACCUUUGCAUGCAGUGCCUUUGUUAAAAUUCCAUAGUAAAGAUAACAGUCUAAACGAUGCAGAUGAUUUUAGUAUGCCACAUUGGAUCAAUCUGAGUUUUUACUCUACAAAUAAGAAAGUUGCCUACUCAUCAUUUAUCCCUCGAAUAAAACUACCUCCAUGCGUUAGUAAUAGACAGUUGCACAGUUUGGAAAGAAUAAAUUCUCAUACAUCAGCUGUGUCAACUACUCGCACUCAAAUCAUAUCUGAACAACCAGCAAUGAUUCCCACUACAGAGAAAGACUACGAUGCGUACGACGAUCAAGUGUUCACUCUACCUUCAAAUCACAUCCAAGGGCGGCAUAAAGCAGAGAGAAACAAAAAGAUCAGUGUGGGUCUCAGUGAUUCUAGCAACGAAAAAGUGUGGAGACGCAAAAUGUCAGAUUCUGAGCUUCGAUGUGAUAUCUCUUACAGUUCCUCUGUGAAUACUACUACCUCACAAGCUGUUGUAAUACCGCAAGUUCACUCUAGAGAUACUUCUCCUUACCCUUCAUCAUCCCUUGGACCAAGUUCAAUUGCAGAGAUCCUGCGUGGAACGAAUGAAGACGAUUCACCUCCUCCAAGACUGGUCGUCGGAAGUGCCUCACCUACAAAUUCGCCCAUGUAUAUGCCACAUGUCACUCAAAGGCCCAGUCGAUCUCUUAUCAAUCCUUUUGAUCCAUCUCAUGUCACCAUAAAAAUGACUUCCAAUCGUCGCCGAUGGACUCACAUUUUCCCCAAAGGUCCAACGGGUGUUUUGAUUCAGCAACACCAUUACCAAGCUGUGCCUUCGCAAUGCAUUUUUGACUCAAGUUACCAAAACUCAGAUCCAAGACAUUCUCCUUUCUCAGGAUUAAACCAUUCACGUAUGUCUAGUCGUCUUUUUAACACGAUCAAUUCUGUGAGUGGCAACAGGAAAAUGCAAACCCUACUGUGGGGUGCAACCGGUGAGCAAGAAUGGACGCCCGCUCUUACUACAGUCUCCAAAAUUAUCAUAGGUGUUGAUUGGAAAUCUCUUACCAUUCCUGCAUGUCUCCCGAUCACAACCGAUUAUUUUCCUGAUGAAAUCUGUUUAAAAACUGAUUAUGUCUUCUCUGACUAUAAUCUAUUACCUGAUGAUGUAAACGCAGAUUUUGCGCAGCAGAGGUCCUCAGAGAAAAAAUCUCUCUCUACCAAAGAAGUUUUUUACGAGCUUGUAUCACAACGCUUGGCACAGGGUUUUCAGCUCAUCAUAGAUUCUGAAUCUCACAUACCAGAUCGAGGCAGUGCCGUUAUUGGACCUCGGUCCAAUGCAGUCUCCCCAUCUGUGCAAUUCAAGUUGAGUAUUGGAAGAGUAUUUCAUCGAAUUGUACUGAAUGGAUCUGAAAUCCGAGUUACACGCUAUCGACCCAGGCAUCCAUAUUCUCCAUUUGUGAUUCAUUAUCGCUACAGAUUUCAAGCACCUGAUCACAAAACCUACGGCGUCUCGUGGGUGUCUUUUAAUACAGAGAAACUAGAGAAUUAUAAUUGGAACUAUUUAGACCACUACAUUUGUACACGUGGUGAUACGGAUUUUGCACUAGUUGAGGCUCUAAAAUAUUGGCGUUUUCGUAUAUAUGUUCUUCCUCUUAGUCAGUUUGCCACCCGUAAAAUUUUGGAUGGCUCUGAAACGUGUGAUCUGUACUCUCCCAUAGGCACAGAUGAACAACAUAGUCUGAAAGAAGGUUUCUUGAAAUAUAUUGAAAAUAACGUGAACCGCACGAGAAAAACUGUGAAACCUUCACUAAAGCCGGAUUUGUCGCAACUCAACACUAAUUCACAACUGACACGUAGAAGACACAGCACGGGGAUUAUGUACCUCUCUAAACCUCAGACCGUAGGGCAGUCUUCUCCAUUCCGAGAAAGACUAGGCAGUAAUCGAGUUCUGGAAAAACCUCGACCAAGAUCUGGCUCUAAAGUGCUUGAGAGAGGUAGGGUUUCUCCAGCAACAGACGUUAUGCCUUUACCCAUAAAUAUAGUCAACGAUCCAGACGCAACAUCCGAGUCAAUAGAAAAUGUCCCAUCUGAGAUAGAAGUGCCACCUUUGCCGAAAACAGCAACAAUCCCAGAGAUUAUUGAGGCCAUGAAAACACCUAACACUGGACUGGACUUCCUUACUGGCUACAGUUACCUGCCCAGCCAUACGUUUGUCGUUCUUGAUGCUCUCGUCUGGUUGUCCAAUCGCUUGGAAGGAGGCAUGUCCCAGGCCAAAGGUCUUGAAUUCAUGGAAAAACUUCGUCUGGAAGGAUUAAUCUGCCAUGCAUCUGGUGACCGCUCUCAUCCGUUCCUCUUCGGAUUCUAUUUGUUUUAUUUUACUGCAAAGGAAAAAGGAAAUGAUGGACCUUUGGACGCAGCUGCUUUUGAAAAUGAGUGGGUCGAAGUAGAGGCAAAGCAGCCUCACCCGCCACCUGAGUUUCCCCUGUUUUUGCAUGAUAACAUUUCACGAACGUGCCAAUUUGACACUACUUCUAAGCGAGGAGCUCCUUUGUACAAGCAAGCGUACUUGGAUAUCAGCACCAAUUCAAGGAGUGAUCGAGUAGAAUGGGGACACGUUCGCUACCACUCAGCUUAUCGACCUGAUCGAGCUUACGAACUGGCAAUCCAGUGGGUUGCUGCUUCUGGAGCAAUUGUAUCAGAUCUAAUACUAGGCUGGGCUAGGAAGAUUCAAUUUUGCGGCCUUCAGAUGGUGCCCAUUCCAGCAGAUCCUCUCGCUUUACCAUAUUCUCUAAAGUCAGAUCCACUGAGAGGUCCAGUGUUUGUUCCUGUGGAUCUAGAAUGUCUCAUGGGUGCUAGAAGUUAUUUAUUUGAAGAAUUUCCGGAGGAGUCUUGGGCAGAAAGGCUUGUUCUGUUUCAGGAAGCUAUCGCCAUCAAAUUUGGGUUUAUCACUUGCACGAUUGAAAAUGGCUCUCGGCACCAUCACAACCAGUACAUACAUUUAUCAGGGAAUGCAUUUUUGUUGAUUCCUGCCGCCAUUCCGUGUGAAUACUCAAAUCAAACUCAGCCGAGAACAUCAUCAAUAUCUAGGCGCUCAACCAGGCAGUACCCUGUUUAUAAUGAACUUUCAACAAGUCCUCAUCAGGAAUACAUAUCUCGCCAUGUUUAUAGUUCUGGAGAUGACAUCAAACAAGAGACAAGGGUUGGAUUCUUGUGGGCAUGGAACCACAUGGUCAGUCGUCGAUGGAAAUGGUCAUCCACACCUGCCACAUGUGAUGAAGCAUUCCAGAAUAAAAUCCUAGGAGAUUUCCAAAAAUUUUGUGCCAACACCGAUAAUCGUCUGAAACAAUUUUGGGACCAAUGUUGGUUUUUGAAAAAAAGUCAGUCCGUGACCUGAUUGCAUCAAAAGCUUCUGCAUUCCUCCUCUUGCUGUGAUUAAAAAACAAUUCCUUUUAGUUGAAGAUAGUGAGCCUGCUUUUUGAACCAGGCUGCAUUGAAAUCAUAGACAGUUUAUUUUAAGAUAGAACUUGGUUCUUUUUUUGUCACCAAUGACUGUUUCAUUGGCCAAUGCCAGAAUUAGAAUGGCAGGGGCAAGAUAAUGUUUAUGCAGUAGUAUAACAAGAGUAUUUAGUGUUGCUAGAAUAAGAGGUGAAUAAGAAUGGCAGUUGAGGUUCCUGAAGAAUUGCCCUGUGGGAAUAAAAGGAAAUUAGGCUCAUCAAUCAAGAGUCAGUUUUAUGCCAAAAGGUUAAAAUUUGACUCGUGAGAGCAUUGAGCCAUGUCAGCCAGUGUCAAAGUUUUUAAAUGAAAAAAAAAUAAUAAAUAAUUAAAACUGGACAAAAGACAUGUGUUUUUACAAUAUUGAUGUAUUAUAUGAAAAUAGUGUAUCAAUGAAUGAUGUUGAAUGUAAAUUUUAAAAUGGUUUUUUUAUGUAUAUAAAAUAUUUUUUAUAAUGUUAGGUAAA